UUCCUUGAGCCCCUUUCUGAUUGGUCGGAGUCUCUGUCAGUCCCGUUCAGUCCAGUGGCGCUCCGCGGGCCGCCGGCGGGAGCGCGAGCGGCUGUGUAGCGGCGGAAGCGUCUCCGCAGGAAGAUGCUUCCCUUGUCGCUGCUGAAGACAGCACAGAAUCACCCCAUGCUGGUGGAGCUGAAGAAUGGGGAGACGUACAAUGGGCACCUGGUGAGCUGUGACAACUGGAUGAACAUCAACCUUCGAGAGGUGAUCUGCACGUCAAGGGAUGGCGACAAGUUCUGGCGGAUGCCCGAGUGCUAUAUCCGCGGCAGCACCAUCAAGUACCUACGCAUCCCCGAUGAAAUCAUCGAUAUGGUGCGAGAAGAGGCCGCCAAGGGCCGCGGGCGAGGGGGACCACAGCAACAGAAGCAGCAGAAAGGCCGAGGCAUGGGUGGUGCUGGCCGAGGUGUGUUUGGUGGCCGGGGCCGGGGUGGCAUACCAGGUGCAGGCCGCGGGCAGCCGGAGAAGAAGCCAGGGCGGCAGGCAGGGAAGCAGUAAAUGGGAGCAGCCUGAGCAGAGCCCAGGACGGUGGACUAGCCCCCGGGCGCCUUCGUGGAAAGUGCCUGGCUCCCAUUGACUCAGUUUCUGGAAGGUCCCGAGUCGGAGGCACCUCUGAAGCCCUGGAUGAUCUUUGAAGACUUUGAAAACUUCUUCCAGGCUUGAUUUGAGUUUCAUGUUGGAGCCAUAGGCUCAGCGCUUGUCAGACUGGGAAGUCCCUCCCAGCUGACCCCUUAUCUCUUCUGUUAGGAAAAUAAAGGUGAGCACCACCGACA